AUGCUUGCGUCGCUAUCCGACAUGCUCGUGUGGAAGUCCAGUCCUUCUACCACCAUCACCAAGAAAACUAAUGAGAGACGUGCCCCCACUACCACGUCCGAGGGUGAUUCAAGUGACGACGUGUCAGAGACCGAGAGCGUCGAGUCGAGCCAAUGUGGUGCCCCUUAUCAACAGCAUUCAGGAGAACGUAAAGCUCGUAACGACACACAGCCGACGAUCGAGAGGGACACUGAGUCUAGUCACUUACUACUGAGUGACAUUUACUCGUUCGCUUGUACGACAUCUUCCAAGCUUUUUCUAGUCAAAAAGUCUCGACCGACGCCUUUAACUCCUCAAACUCCUCCACUGACACCCACAAAGCCUCACUUUUGUAGUGUGAACAAUAUCUCACUAGGGGAAUUGUCCAUCAAGACAGCAGGAACACGCGUUUCGACGUCUUUUGGACUUGGCAAGAUCAUUGCAAUUCGAGAUGAAGACGGUGUUGCUGCUAUUGAACUACAGGCUUUAGGAUUGUUGUAUCUUAGUGCUGGAGAGAUGAAGAAGGUGCAUGUGGUCCCUGCACUUGUUGGCGAGCAAGUGCACACGCCGUCGGGAGCGGGGUGUGUACUGAAAUAUGAUGAGCGGAAGCAGCUGUAUACGCUACGAUUAGGAUCAGGUGGUGGUCUCUGUGAGUAUGAGCUUCAAUUACGACCAUCGGAUGUCCAAGUCGCAGACGGUAGUAAAUCUGAACGUGCAUCGGAGGCACGACACUCGUGUGGCAUUUCGGAAGGCAGCAAUGUGGACCGGGAGUCGAGACGGUCGUCUGGGAGACUCUCUAUUGCUAGCUCUGCCAAUGGAUUGACGAUGCUGAAGAAUAUUGCUGCAACCUCGUACACGUUCGUCGCGAGUAAAUACCAUCAGGGACAGCCCGUGAUCACCAAGUUUGGUGCUGGACAUAUUGUUUCAGUGGACCCACAACGCGGUUUGGCUCAGAUUCAGCUCGUAUGCGGAGCGACUGCGUAUGUUACUGCCGACGUGAUUGAGUUUUACCCCAAGGCUUUGGAGGGUACCGAUGUGCAGACCAAGUUUGGUUCUGGAAUUGUCAUUGGACUGCGGCCAGCUGAUGCUAUUUACACGGUACGGUUGCACGAUCUGCAACCUGCAGGAAAGUCGAACGUGGUAUUUGUGCAUGAGUCUGACCUACACCGGAGCCGGCGGAUCGCAGUCACAGCUGCCAAUGUUCGGGAUAAACUAAAAGCAAUGGCACACCGCCGUUUUGGUGAACGCAUCGUGGUGGCACAUCGGAGCCACGAUGAAGAGCCGAACUCCGCUGGUAUUUAA